CCAUCCCUGUGAGCACAUUUUAUCGAAAGAAGAAAGAAAUCAGCUCACUGACUGAGGCAGAGAAAAUCCUAAACAGGAUUAUUGAUGGAGACUCAGACAUAGAUUUGUCAGAUGAGGAGGACCAAGAGGGACAGAUUGACGGUGAUUUUGAGGUCGGGAGUUCAGAGGAUGAGGCAUCAAGUGAGGAAGAGGAGAGUGAAGUUGAGGAUGCACGGGCCCGUCGCCCACUUUGGACCAAAACUAACACGUAGGCUUCUGAGACAAGAGUAGAUAAGCUUAGACAGAUAAGAGUAUUUUUUUGGAUGAACUAUCACUUUUAGAGGACAUAAUUAUUUAAUGUAUUUGUCUGUCUCUUAAGAUUCCUGCCUGUGCUGGAAGACUCCGGAGAGGUUGUCUGUACUGCCCCAAACCGUGUAGACUGGCCACCAUCAAAAUACUUUGAGCAGUACAUUGACAACAAAGUUUUUGAGGACAUGUCCUUUUGCACAAACCAGAGACAGAUUCAGGUGUCAGGCUCAAGUCUGAAUACAACACCUGAGGAGAUUAAGACCUGGUUUGGAGUCUCAGUGUACAUGGCAUGCCUUGGUUACCCAAAAAUCAAAAUGUAUUGGGCCAAAAAAACAAGAGUGCCAAUAGUUGCUGAGUCGAUGACAAGGGAUCGCUUUUUCAAGAUCAGAUGUUCUUUGAAAAUCACUAAUGAUCUUGAUGUAACUGAAGAAGAGAGGAAGCUCAAUAUGCUUUGGAGAGUCAGUCCACUUUUGAAGAAGGUGCAACAAGGUUGCCUAAACCUACCCAGGCCAGGAAAUGUUUCCAUUGAUGAACAAAUGAUUCCCUUUACUGGUCGAUGUCCAGUCCGUCAAUUCGUUCCUGGCAAGCCAAAUCCAACCGGAUUGAAGGUGUUUGUUCUCGCUACUCCAACUGGAAUUGUAUUGGAUUUUGAAGUCUACCAAGGAAAAAACACCUUUGUCGGCAGAGACACAGGACUUGGAAUAGGAGCAAAUGCAGUUCUUCGGUUGACUGAGUCCAUUCCCAGGGGAACUCACCUGUACUUUGACAGGUAUUUCACCUCAAUAAAAGUACUGGAUAAAUUGCUAGAAAUGGGUCUGCCUGCAAGUGGACUGUACGCACAAUCCUACACUUCUUCGAUCUGGCUAUCACCAACUCCUGGUUACAGUAUAAGGAAGACAGCCAAGCUUUGGCACGACCUAUGAAGAAAACUCUCCAAUACCAUGACUUCAAACUGCUCUUAGGUGAGGAACUGAUUGCCCAGGGGCAGUCAGGCCAACCUAAUCCAAUUGAAUCUGAUGCGUCGAAUGAUGAGGAGUACGUUCCAUCACAGAAGAGAAGGAGGCCCCAGCCAGAUAAGGAAGUGAGAAAGUAUGGAGCUGUCCAUUUGCCACAGAUGAUGGACAAUCCUAAUAGUUCCAGGUGCAGAGCAGAAGGGUGCACUGGAAAAACCUACAUAAAGUGCAUCAAAUGCAACAUGUACCUCUGCAUCUCAAAGAAGAAGAACUGCUUUAUGGACUACCACAAACCAAAACAGAACUAACACACCUGAUUAAACUACACUAAUCAGCUUGCUUUUGAUAAGCUGAAUGAGGUCCCUGGAAAUCUGAACCACUGGCUUGAAUGGUGUAGCCAUUUGAAAUUUACAGCACUAAAGAUUGUCAGAGUUCAGAGGUAAAUGUAUGCCUCGAAAUGUGUUCAUAUUUGCCACAAGAGAGUCCCGAUGUCCUCUCCAAAGGACAUACUCUAAAAAAUAAAUAAAAACAUGUUUUGAAAUUUU